UUGAUGUGUAAGAAAAGAAAAAACGAAAGUAUUGUCCUUUGAUAUCUGCGCCAUAGUAAUAAAUGUAUGAAAAAUAUGCCAAUUCUUUUUGGUCUCUACAAAAUUCCUCCUUUCUUUACACUUUCUUUUCACAUUUGUAUGCAAGUAGAGACGUUGCUUUCGUUUCUUCUUUUCUUUUGUCCUCUUCACACAUUUUGUUCUUAAAUGUUUUGUUCUGUGCAGCGCUACUUGCCAUUGUCUAAUGUGAUUUUUGUUUUCUUCCCAUCCAUCAAACUCAUCGCACUCCACAAGGGUACCAGCGUACUUUCGCCCAGCAUACCGUUGACAUUGGUCAUCUUGCCCGCGCUGAUAAUUGCUCAAAAAUCACCGCAAAAUAUUUUCACCGACCAUUCAUCGCUAUAUAUAUUAGCCUUUGGCAUGGUGGCGGCCAAAGUCACCAAUAAGCUGGUGAUUGCUCACAUGACAAAAGCUGAAAUGGAAUACUUGGAUUGGUCACAAUUGGGACCCGCUUUGCUGUUCUUCAAUCCAUAUUUUAACUGUGUGCUGCCGGAAAUCUGGCUGCUGUGGUUCACCUUCGUCUGGGGCGCGCAUGCUAUCACAUAAUUUAACAAUCUUAUAUAGGAAUAAACAAUAAUAAUAUUAGGUAUGGGAAUAAGCUUCCAUCCUUUCUUAGCUAAACAAUUAAAUAAUACGUGAUACCAUGUUCCAUUGGUAGCUACAACUUUACUCCAUACGGAUUCCUCUGACGAACAUUUCGAGUUCUUUUGACUUGAUCCAUUCAUUGAGACAUUUUGCGAUGCUCUCGUAAAAAGUGAACCGCUCUCUAAUAAGGACUGCCAUCCCCAUGGCAGCCGGUUCUACCUUACCAGAAUGACUCGGGUUUUUCCCCGACCAAGGGCUGCCGCUCCAGUAAACUAGCCCUGUCUAGUGUACCAUAUCCCACCCCCAAUCUUUCGUCACAGGAACAAUCCUUAGCAGCAUGUUUGCUCCGAAUACUUCUCUUCAGGGCUAGCGUCACACUCAACCCUGGACCAAAGGUAUUCUACUGCUGCAUCUGCCACAAACGGCUCCACCCGAUCUCUACCUCGAUUAGGUGUAACAAGUGCAAUGUGUGGUGCCAUCUUAAGACCUGUUCAGGCCUUAAGAAUCAUAGGGAGUGGACAAGGUAUGUGGCCACAAGUUGCUCCCGCCAUUAGGCGGCCCCUGCCUCAACGGCGCUACUGCCCUCAGUGCCGGCACUUCAAACUGCCGUCACCAACAACACCUGAGCGGUAAGGAGCCCCCUUGAGCAACACAACUCCCCCAACGUCCUGCUCCUACCCCAGUGCGGGGACAAACCAGCAGCUCUUGGUCUCCCGCCCAGUCUGCUCCGUGUGUCAGACCAGAGUGCCUCGGAACCUGACAACAGUCCAAUGCAAUUUUUGCAAUGGCUGGUGCCACUUUCGGAGGUGCUCUGGCCUGCGCACCACCCGUGGGUGGACACGCGACUUCGUUGCCCCUUGCUGCAGAGCUCUGCACCCGCAACCGCCCUCUGCGGCGCGGCCGCCUGCCAACGCCAGGCCACAACAACUCUUGCGGAACGCACAGCAGGAUCAACGCAGACAACACCACGCGUCCCCCCGAGUUACGAUUACACUCCCGAGGAGUUUUAAACUCUUUCAACUAAACUGCAACGGACUCAUGAGUAAGAUUGACGAGAUAGUCGACUUUAUGAGCCGACAUGGAAUCAAGAUAGCUGCGGUCCAAGAGACAAAACUGCACGCUAGCUCCCGCCUGAUUACCAGGGGCGGCUACAAUGUGCACAGAAAGGACCACGAGCGAGACCACGGUCGAGGCUUAGCGUUCAUAGUCCACCACACAGUGCAGUACCGUCUUAUCGAUGAAGGCAUCGACCGCAGGGACACAACCUUAGAAUGUCAAGGGAUAGCUGUCCGGUCAGGCGAUGCCGAACUCGAAAUAUAUAAUAUUUACAUACCCCCUGUCACCUGCUGCCCGGCAGGAUAUCACCCUGAUAUUGGUGCGCUCAUCAGGGGAGAAAACCGAUUGGUAGUAGGUGACUUUAAUGCGCGUCACGAUCUUUGGCAUUCAAGCCUGCCAAAUGAUCGUAGGGUACAGCUAUUGGCAGAGCAGAUAGACGAUUCGACAUUCAGCAUUGUAAACGACGACGCCCCCACCAGAGUAGUGGGCAAUUGCUGCAGCUCGCCUGAUAUCACAAUUGCUAGCGCAGGUCUGAUAAAUAGCAUAACCUGGCGACCUAUGCUAUCGCUUGCAUCAGACCACUUGCCCAUUAUCGUCUCGAUCGAGAGACUUGCCGACUUUAUUUCCGCGGAUCACCGGUCAUACGCCAACUUCAACAAAGCUGAUUGGACCAGAUUCGCGGAAUUUACUGAACAUCUUCGGCGCUCUCCCCAUUUCCACCGAUGUGCGCGUAGCGAACGUGCAUUCCGCAAGGCGAUCACAGCUACCGCUGCUCGCUUCAUAUCUGCUUGAAGGAUCAGGGGCAUACGUCCCAAUUUCCCAGCUGAAGCAGCUGUUCUGGCGAACGAGCGUGAUCGCUAAACAAGCGGAACAAAUGGGAAGAGCAUCUGAAGUCCUGCAACUUCACCUCUGGUAUGAGCAAGCUCUGGUCCCUGUCGAACCCGACGAAGCACAAGGACAAGGUGGAUAUCACCUUCAACGGUUGUCCUUCGUCGGAUCCAAAGAGAUGCGCGUGCUUCUUUAGCCGGCAAUUUAUUCUGCAUCCUCCGGCCGACAGAUCCAAACGUAGUGCCACCAGACGGCUGCACAAACUGGCAUACAACAGUGCGCCACUUUCUUUCUCCAGCGACGAGGUUCAGGGGGCCAUCAAACACAUGAAACCAUCAAAAGCCAUUGGCCCUGACGGACUUAACAUGCUGAUGUUGAAAAAGCUGGCUCCGUUGGGAGUAGAAUAUCUCACCAGGGUCUUCAACCUGUCUAUGCCCACUCUCAUAAUUCCUGAUAAGUGGAAAUUAGGGAGAGUGGUCUCACUAUUGAAGCCUGGGAAACCCGCCAACCAAGGGGAGUCUUAUCGUCCGAUAACUUUCCUUUCCCCAGUAGUGAAGACUCUUGAGGCCCUUCUACUUCCACUCUUUACGACACACUUGACCCCAGCCUCGCACCAGCAUGGCUUCCGUAGAGUGCACAGCACCACCACGGCACUCACCGUCAUAAACACUCAGGUAAACCGCGGCCUCAACCAAAACCGCCCAUGCGAGAGGACUGCCCUAGUAGCGUUGGAUCUAAAAAAGGCUUUCGAUACAGUCAGCCACGCCACGCUACUAGAUGACAAUUUACAGCCGACACUCCCGCCAGGGCUGAAGAGGUGGACCGCGAACUACCUGAGUGGUCGUCACUCGUCGGUGAUAUUUCGAGACCAAACGUCUAAACAGAGAAAAAUAAAGCAGGGAGUACCGCAGGGUGGUGUCCUUUCACUCUUGCUUUUCAACUUCUAUAUCUCGAAACUCCCCCAGCCACCAGAGGGAGUCUCCCUGGACUCAUACGCCGACGACUGCACGAUAAUGGCGUCGGGCAAUGAUAUUCAUUUGCUUAGAUUACUUUAUUAUAUUUUUUUCUCUUUAGUCUUUGUUUUUACUACAUAAGAGGGUGUUAACUGAUGGAGGCGCUAUUUACUAUUUAUGAAUACUUUUAAAACUUGCUAAAAAUGAAAAGAUCAGCUUAAAUUAUAGUUUAUAAAAUUUUUUUAGCUCACAAUAUAUAUUUGCAGACGAAUACAA